AUGGUGAAGGCUCUCAUUGAUGCUCAACAAGUAGAUGUAAAUCGCUUGAUAGAUGAGCUUACUACAAUCCUAAAAUACAAGGACUUGGAGGCUGCUCAAGCAGAAGGCAAGAGUCUCAGUUCUCUCUCACCACCUGUUGCAGUCCCCAAUGCUCCCCUCUUGUGCAAUGGCAAAUCUGCCAGGGAUAGAAAUUGCAUGGUGGCGCCUUUAAUUAUCAGUGAAGCAUUUGUAGCUGAUGCUGGUCAUCCCUCUAAAAUGUCAAACAGCAGGUGGAUGAGGAUGCUUGACAUCCUUUACUAUAUGCAACUUUGCAUUCAUGACUGGCCAGCAGGAGUUCUAUCCCCUGGCCCUGAUUUUGAUCUCAAAUCGCUGUCUGCAAGUCAAUUAUGCGCCUUAGUGGGUCCAUAUCUCAGGAAGCAUCUCGGCAACAUGUAUGAGACUGAGUUGGGCCAAGACAAGGACGAGGACAAUGCAGAGAAAGCCACAAUGACAAAGUGGAAAGGUAAAUCAAAGAAGUCCAAUGAGAAUCGCAGAACUCAUGGUGUGGUUGUGCAGGAGCCCAAUGUCAUCCUAUCUAUCAAGGGGUGGACUCCUCAUACAUAUUCAGGUCAGCUAUCAGACUUCGCUGGAUACUCUCACGAGGUGUACUCAAUCCCUCUUGUUAUCAACACAGAUGGCAUCAUUUUACGUUGUCUGGAAGAGGACUUCAUGCUCUAUUGGAGCUUUGUGCUCUCACCAGGAAGCUUCAUGCUUGUACCUGUUACGACUUGGAUAGGUCGAGCCUCCCAAUACCGAAUGGCAGAUCUCUAA